GGAUACACAGACAUUUCCGACUUGCGGCACGUGUUUAACUACAACCAGUUAGCAAGUCGGACAUUUCUCAGUUUCUUCGUUUCGACAAGCACUUGAACCCCGACAUACCCUCCUCCGCCUCUGAUAGUGCAGGACUUUGUCAUUUUGGUUUCAAACUCGGGAAGCAUUUUCACAUUUCUAUUGGCAAUUAGGAAAACUGGUCUUCACAACUUUACUUAAUUCCUGAUAUUCCCAACGAGGGAGAGGAGCUGGUAUCUUGUCAUUUCCAUGCAUGGGAGUGACAUAGGAGAAGCGAAGGGAGAAGACUGGUUCCGGCCCCCGAGGCAGCACAGAGGCCCCUGACUGAGACGGCAGCAGUAUGAGUGUGGAUGAGGGCCAGUUCUACAGUGUGCAGGUGGGAGACUCCACCUUCACUGUUCUGAAGCGCUACCAGGAGCUCAGGGCCAUCGGCUCCGGGGCACAGGGCAUUGUCUGCUCUGCUCUAGACUCAGUGUUAGGUUUUCCCGUGGCAGUAAAGAAGCUGUGUCGGCCAUUCCAGAACCAGACUCAUGCCAAGCGGGCCUACAGGGAACUGGUGCUGCUCAAAUGUGUCAACCACAAAAACAUUAUCAGGUUGAUCAAUGUGUUCACGCCUCAGAAGUCACUGGAGGAGUUUCAGGACCUCUACCUAGUGAUGGAGCUAAUGGAUGCCAGUCUGUGCCAGGUGAUCCACAUGGACCUGGACCAUGAGAGGAUGUCCUACCUGCUCUACCAGAUCCUCUGUGGCAUCAGACACCUGCACUCCGCUGGCAUCAUCCACAGGGAUCUGAAGCCCAGUAACAUAGUGGUCAAGUCAGACUGUACUCUGAAGAUCCUGGACUUUGGAUUGGCCAGAACGGCCUGCACCAACUUCAUGAUGACCCCUUAUGUGGUGACUCGGUACUACAGGGCCCCAGAGGUCAUCCUGGGCAUGAAGUACAAGGAGAACGUGGACAUCUGGUCAGUGGGGUGCAUCAUGGGUGAAAUGGUGAAGGGCAACGUUAUCUUCCAGGGCACCGACCACAUAGACCAGUGGAACAAGGUGAUUGAGGUGCUGGGUACUCCCUCCAUGGAGUUUAUGAACCGGCUGAUGGAGACUGUGAGGAACUAUGUGAUGAACAAGCCUCAAUACCCAGGGGUGAACUUCGCUGAACUAUUUCCUGACUGGGCCUUCCCCUCUGAUUCCGAACACGACAGACUCAAGACAGGUCAAGCUCGGGACCUGCUGUCCAAAAUGCUAGUGAUCGAUCCCGAGAGCCGCAUCUCAGUAGAAGAGGCCCUGAAUCACCCGUAUAUCCAUGUGUGGUACGAUCCAGGAGAGGCAGAUGCGCCUCCCCCACAGAUCUGUGACAAGCAGCUUGAGGAGAGAGAACACAGCAUCGAACAGUGGAAAGAGCUCAUUUAUGAAGAAUUGAUAGACUGGGAGGAGAGGAACAAGAAUGGCGUGACGAAAGACGAGUCGGAUGCAGUGAGGGGGUUGGCUUCCCAGUCGUCCUCGGCCAAUGACAUCUCGUCCAUGUCAACAGAGCAAACCCUGGCCUCCGACACUGACAGCAGCAGCAUUGACACACUCACUGGACACCUGGACGAGAGCCAAUGAGAUCGCACCAGGAAGUGUAUAUUUUUCUCUCUAUUCUAGCUUGCUUUGUCUCGCUUACUUCAUAUUUCUUUCCGUAUCCUUUUUUUUCUCUCUCUAACUUCCAUGCAUAGGUCUAUUUUUCUAAAGGAAAAAUUGUGUGAUCUUGGACAGGUAUAGUUUAGCUGUAACCCCAGAACAGUGUUUCACUUCUAUCCUAAUCCUUAUUUUUCUGACUGUGUGUAAGAGGCGCAAGUUAAAAUAUCUAUAUUGGCUUAAUAGCUUUUUUUAUUAAUAUUUGAAGUUUUCUGUAAUAUAUUCUUCCAUUUUGAAUAUCUGUCUUUAGAAUUCUUGGCAAGGGACUUGAUAUUUACUUUGCCUACCUUUUAAAAAAAAAUUUUUUUUUUAAAUGUUUUCUUGUUUUUUGUUUUCAAUUAAGGUUAUAAAGAUUUGAACCUAAAGACAGGAGUAUCAUUACAUUUGAACAGCUGCUUUCUGCAUGCUACACAAACAAAGCAUUGAUCACAUUAUCAAACCAUCAAAUGUUCAUCUGCCGAUCAACCACUAAUCACGUUUUUUUGAUUUGUUUUAGUUAGGUAGCCGUGUUGAGAACAAGUGAGAGUGGUGCCGGCGUUGAGUAUAGUGUUUUAAUUGUCGUGAGUGAUGUGGUUUGGAGCUGUUACUCCUCCUGACCUCCAGGGGUGGCUGUGGUUGCAAUGUUAAGGUUUUAUUUCCUUUAUAAGUGUAAUGUAUGUCAUAGUAUCCAGCUAAAGCUCUGAUAAUGCACGUAGAUAUAUAGCUAGGCAUAUUUGUUUGUUAGACAUUCAAUGUACCCAUAGAAACAUCUUCAUAUAGUACAAUCAACCCAUAUGCCGUAAGGUACAAUGUGUAUAUUGAAAUAUCAUUAUCCUGUACAUUUUGAGAGUACAAAAAAAGGUUCAUGUGUUUUGUAUUUAGUUUGAGUUCUUUGCUAAAUGUUGCACACCACUGAUGAUGUUUGACCCAUACACAACAAGACCCUUGUGAAACGUCUUAUUGAUGAUCAAAUGCAUGGGGCCUCUUAUUCUAAACCAUUCCAUCAGUACUGGAAAUCCUUUGGGAGAAAUCAUGACAUAAAACAUUAUAUUGAAAUUCAGUAUCUAGAGAUGUAGCAACUUAACAAUUGUUGUUCAACUUGCAUGGUGUCACAUUCACUGUACUUUUCUUGUGUGUAUGCUAUAUCGGUACCAUGCUGUCCCCUCAUCGUUCCUCAAAUGGAUUUUGCUUCUUCAAGACAAGGACAUCCACCAUCAGUAGAUGAAUGCCUAUGGACGGAAGGACAGUCACACAGUGGUGGAGCACAGCUGUUGGUUUGGAAUGUGGACAUGUCACAUAACUGUACAAUACCUAGUUGUGAUUCUGGACCUUGAAGUUCUGGAGCAGAACUCGGCAUAGAUAGAACUAAACAGAUUUUGGCGAAAAGUAACUCGGUUGGAUGACGGAUAUGCACAAACAGACAUAAUGUAGUCAGAUGAGGACUGUGGCCCAUAUUUGUUUUCCUUUCAGACCAUGACAGCCUUAUUCAUUCAUCAUGCCUUAAAUGACCAGAGGAGUGUCCGGCUCACUCUUUACAUCCUAUUUGUUAAGGACUGAGGUGUGUGUACCAUGUUUAAAAUAUUCACUGUGUACAAACUGUACAUCUCAUGUUUUGUCUUGUUCAUUUUCUUUUAUUUUGUUCAUUUUCAUAAUGUACUGUCUGCAAUGACAUGCUGUUUCACAAUACCACUUUGCCUUCAUGUUGUCCUUCCCCAUCAAUUAAAAGUGGACAACUCAAAGAA